AUGAUAGACCACAUCCUCGGACGCCCGUCCACCCGGUUUCGCAAAUACCAAGUCUUCCUCGUCGUACUGUUAUGGAGUACCUAUCUCUCGAAGUUCCAAAGACAUGGCCCACCCGGCGUCUCACGACUAUCGCGAUGGCUCUCGAAACGCUUCACAAUGCACCAAGCGCUCGUCGUCUUCUGCGUCUCCCUCUACGUCUCUCGAAACUUUGCAAGAGUUAUAGGUCUUGAGUCCCCGGAGCCGUUGGCGAAUCUAUACGAUCGUAGCUUCUUCCGGGCGACAUGGGUAACCACUGCAUUGGAUGCUGGGUUCUGGACAGCGAUGCGGAUACGGCCUGCGUGGCUUAGGCGAACGUGUGAGAUUGGGUUCACGCUGUACUACCUCGUGUGUGCUGAGCAGGCGGAUGAGAUGUGUCGAAGGGUAAGAGGAGACUUGAGUGUGGAACAUUUGAGGGUCAGUUGGAACAAGCCGAAUACACCGAUUCUACGCUUCUUCACAACGCUGUUGCGACCGAAGUUCAUGAAGUAUGAGCCAAGAAAGAUCAUAAUACCACGACCGAAGAAUAGUGACUACAAGCGUCCGAUAGAGGCAUGGCUGUACUUCGACGGCCCAGAGAAGGACUUGAAGAACCAGGACAAGAUGGUGCUGGACAUACCAGGAGGUGGCUUCGUGGCCAUGGACCCACGUUGUCAUGAUGAUAAGUUGAUGGCUUGGGCGGGAAAGCUGGGCCUACCUUUGCUGGCAUUGGACUACAAGAAGGCACCAGAGUAUCCAUAUCCUUAUGCUCUUUAUGAGUGCUACGAUGCCUACUACCAGCUUGUUGCGACGCGUGGUACAUGCAUUGGACUUUCUGGAGAGCUCAUUCCGAAGAUCAUCGUAAGUGGUGAUAGUGCAGGUGGUAACCUUGCUUUCGGCAUGACUCUGCUUCUCCUCGACACGGGCUCACCGCACUCUACUUGGGAGCCUGGAGCACGCGGUCACAAUACACUACCAGCUCCUGAAGCGAUUGUCGGCAUAUACCCAGCUUUGGAGAUGAGUAUCGGGAACUGGAUGUCUGAUGAGCAACUAGCCCUGUUGAAGACACCUUCGCAACGACGAGAAAACAAGAGGAUCCUGGAUCGCAAGGCGGACGACUAUCGACGGCUUACUCCAGGAACGCCAUAUGCUUCGGACGACGAAGAUGACGAGCCAAGUACGAAAUCACGAUCAACGAGAAGUGAAUAUGACAGAAGGCCGAAGACGAGACUUGCUAUGAGCAGUAUGAUCUCGUACUUCAACGACCGCAUCAUCUCCCCAGAAAUGCUUCGAGCGAUGAUUUUGCUAUAUGUGGGAGAACACAAUCGGCCAGACUUCGCCACAGAUCACUUGCUGUCGCCGUUGAGAGCGCCCGAGGCGUUACUGGCAAAAUUUCCGAAGUGUUUCCUACUUUGUGGAGAGCGAGAUCCGCUUGUAGACGACACUGCGAUCUUUGCUGGCAGACUUCGUCAGGCACAUGGCACUGCAUUCAAGCAAAGGCAAGAGCUCGGCAUCGAGUCGGAAGAUGCGGUGUUUGAUGACAAGAAACAUGUCGAGGUCGUUUUGGUCAAUGGUGUCAGUCAUGGCUUCUUGCAGUUUGUCAGCGUAUUUCCACGAGGCUGGGAAUACAUCCACCACUGCAGUCGCUGGAUGCGAGCUGUGUUCGAAGAGAGCGAUGCAAACGAGCCCGCAAGCGUCGCAUCGAAUGGCAAUGCCGCCGACUAUUUCAGCUACCCCAAAUCAAAGUCGAGAAGAGGUUCCGAGACGGCGGAAGAGAAGCCACUAAUGAUACCUUCGAAAUUACGAAUGACGCAGAUAGACACCUCGAGGAGGAAGUCGAAUGGCCAUCUCACGAAUGGUGCUCCCAAUAGCUCGAGUCGACACAGAGGCCGGAUCAUGAGGAAUAGCAUGUCUGGAAGGAAGAGUCCUGCAGAAGCUCGCAGUGUUGCUAUCGCGAAGCUGAGCUCGACGGAAGACCUGUUGGCGAGGAGGAUGCAUGGUGUUACAGAGAAUGUAUUUUCGAGUUCUAGAGAUAAAUCAUCAUGA